AUGCAGUUAGAAUCUAGCCUUCACGCCAAUCACUACUUGUAAUUUUGGGAAUACAAUAUUUUUUAAAAAGGCACGCAAACUCGAAAUAUACUAAGUGACAUAUAAAUCCGAACACCCAGUUUAAAUGGUUUGAUUUUAAUAAAAGUUGGUGAAUGUAUUUAUCUUACUGUAAAUAACAAGUGAAAAAAAUUUCAGCCUUAUCAGUUGGACAUUCCGGUUUUUAUACUGCUUUUUUUUAAUCCACUAACGCUCUAAAAAUGAAUAUUUCAGCCGCAGUAAAGAAUCAACGUUGGCGGAUUUUGGUUCUUGACAUCCUUUACGAUCGGUUACGAUGCCUAGAGUACGGAGACCUGUACGAUUUCGUCAACUUAGUGAGUUUGAUAGGGGCCGUAUAGUGGGACUUCGGGAAGCUGGACUUUCUUUUCGGGCAAUUGCAGUUAGAGUGCAAAGAAGUGUAGACACUGUGGUUAGGUGUUGUCAGGCAUGGCUUCGAGAAGGCCGUACGCAAAGAGCAAGGGGCACUGGACGCCGCCGUAGAACAACAGACCGUGAAGAUCGCCGCCUAAGAUUAUUGGCCUUAAGGGACCGUUUCUCCACUACCAGGUCCAUUGCAAAUGAAUGGUUUGCAGAACACGGAAGACCUAUUGGCAUGCGAAGUGUUUACCGACGAAUGAGAAGUUUUGGCUUGUUUUCAUACCGGCCACACUGGGUCCUCCCUUUAACUCGAGAACACCGACGUAGUCGCCUUGAGUGGUGCAGACAACAGUCACUCUGGGAUCAGGAAUGGAACAGUAUUGUCUUUAGUGACGAGUCUCGAUUUUGUUUAGGCAUGCACGAUGGUCGUGCCAGGGUUAGGAGGCGACGUGGUGAAAGGAGGAAUCCACAGUUUUUUGUUGAAAGACAUGUUCAUCACACUGUUGGAGUUAUGGUUUGGGGUGCUAUAGCUUAUGGUUCCAGGUCACCUUUAAUCUUCAUCAGAGGUAACAUGAACGCGCAGCGUUAUAUCCACGAAGUUCUAGAACCCCAUCUUUUACCCUAUCUUGACACCCUGGCAGAUCCAACUUUCCAACAAGAUAAUGCCCGACCACAUGUUGCAAGAGUCACAAUAGACUUCUUUCAACAUAAUGAUGUCACAUUGUUACCAUGGCCACCAAGAUCUCCCGACUUAUCCCCAAUUGAGCACGUGUGGGAUAUGAUGGGUAGGAGAGUGCUCAAUUUGCAACGUCCUCCUCAGACUCUAGAAGCACUUCGAGAGAAGUUGGUGGUUGCCUGGAAUGAGAUACCACAGGAGGACAUUGACCACCUGAUCAGAAGCAUGCCUACAGUAUAUUCAGAUAAGAGAUAGACCGGAUGUAAACAAAAGGUUCGGGUGAUUUUCACGCUAACGCCACCGUCUCGACGUAAAACAGGAGCCCUCAUUGAUCAAUUCGCAAUUAAAUGCCUAUGCCGAGCGGCAGAGCAGUCGUAUCAAGGCAGAGUCACAUUCAGGUUCAGACGUGUUACGUAUGUCGUGUACAUCAUUGCAAUUUGAUAUUUCUUUGGACGUUUUCGUUUGUUAUCUUAUUAAGUUGUUGAGUUUGUCGUUGUUAUUGUUAUACCUUGUUAUUGAUUGUUAUUGUUAUCAACUGCUUGCGCAAAAUGCCCAGUAGUACAGAUACUGCCGAUGAAGUUGUAAACUCCUGUAGUCCACCUAGGAAGCGCUCUAAAAAAAGACACCUGAGUGCAGAAAUGAAAGAGGUCAUUUUGAAUAUAUAUAAGAUCGAGCGCGAGGAGAACGAGGCAUCAACCAUCAAAGAAAUUGUUGUGAAGGUUUCUCACAAAGUUGGGGUGUGUCGCGCAUCAGUGUUUAAUGUGUUAAGACAAUGCAAAAAAAAAUCACACCUUUUCUGAACCAAUGACCAGUAAACAUCGCAAAAGUAUUGUUAAAUCAUUGGAUGAAGCUGAUAAGCAUGCGAUUAGGAGGAAAGUGCAUGAAUUCUUCUUUAGGAAUGAAAUACCUCCAGUACAACCUCGAUAAUCCGAAUACAUGCUAAUCCGAAAUCGCGAUAGUCCGAAAUAAUUUCGUUCCUCGACAAUCCGAAAUCCCUGUCGAACUUCUCAGUACAUAGGCUGUUAGUUUCGACUCGUCGCAGAAUAUGGAGUUGGGAGGUCAACCAUCACAGAUAUAAAGAAAAAGAAGACCCAAAUUGCUGAAUACAUGAAUUCUCAUCAACAACAAACAACACAUCUGACUUUGAAGACGGCCAAGCACCCCAAUGUAGAGACGGCGUUGUACACGUGGUUCCUGCAGCAGAGGACCAAAAAUGUGAACAUUUCGGGCGAAAUCCUGCAAGAAAAGGCGAAAUUUUUUUACGAAGAAAUUACGGGACGACUUUGCGGCAAGUUCUGGUUGGUUGGAUAAUUUUAAAAAGCGGUUUAAAAUUCGUCAGUUAACCGUUACGGGAGAAAAACUUUCGAGCAAUUUUGCAGCAGUUGAUCCAUUUCAAAAACUAUUUCUAAAUAAAGUGCGGGAAAUGAAUUUGGGUCCGGAACAAGUGUAUAAUGCCGAUGAAAGUGGGCUAUUUUGGCGGGCGCUACCCAAUAAGACAUUAGUACAUAAAGACGGAGACUCAGCUCCGGGACGAAAGAUAAGCAAGGAUCGGCUUACUUUCAUGCCAUGUGCAAAUGCAUCCGGAUCUCACAAAUUAAAGCUGUUCACAAUUGGAAAAGCUGCCAAUCCUAGAGUAUUUAAAAACUGUCGAAAUAAGUUGCCCGUGAUUUACAAAAAUCAGAGAUCUGCUUGGAUGAAUCAAGAACUUUUCAAGCAAUAGUUCCAUGAAGAGUUCGUUCCCUCAGUGCAAGCUCAUUUAAAGCAGGAGGUUUACCUCCUCGUGCUCUUUUGCUGCUGGACAAUGCACCUAGCCAUCCCGAACAAAAAGAACUGCGGAGCAGAGAUGGUCUAGUCUGUGUCUUAUAUUUGCCACCAAAUUGUACCCCAUUGUUGCAGCCGAUGGAUCAACAUGUCAUUCAAGCUAUUAAAAUGCACUACAGGAAGCAGCUUCUUCUUCAUUUAAUUGCUGAUGAUACCGAACCUGCAGAAGCAUAAAAAAGUUUCAAUUUAAAAAAUGCAAUUUUUAAUCUCCACACGUCGUGGGAGAACGUCAGCACUGAAUUAAUAAAAAAAUCAUGGAAAAAGCUUUGGCCUUUAAAUAUCCAUGAAAAUUUGGGCGAUGAAUACGAUGACGAAGAAGACUUGAUGCCAUUAGCAGAACUAAGGAGAAGAGCGAUAUCAGAUGAGCGAGAAUUUGAAGAAAUGACGGUUCUGAUGAAUGUCAUCUCAUCAGGACCGGAUCUUGCAGCGAAUAAAGUUAGAACAUGGGCCUUGGGCGACGCAGCUGAAAAUGAGCAAAUAACAUUUUCU